AUGGAUGAUGUUUUCGCCGAGUUGAGCCGAGAAGUUUUGUCUGGAAGUGGAACACCACUUAACAAAGCAUUUGCGAAGAUGGGCUUCAGGCCAACUUACAAGCAGGGUUUUGCUGAUGAUUAUAAUUACACGGUCAAGGAUUUUUCGGAUCUCACCGACGGAGUGAUUUUGGGUAAAAUCAUUGAGUUGGUGACUGGAUGUCCGCCUGGCAGCCUCAUCUCUCGCCUACGCAAUCCAGGGGGAGACCGUUUGAGAAAAAUUGGCAAUGUAAAAGUGUGCUUGCAAACUGCUUGCGAUAGAGGAGUAGACCUAGGAGCGGUAAAGGCAGAAGCAAUUACGGGAGCAAACAAGGAAGCGAUUUUGAAGGUUCUAUGGAGGGAGCAGAUGAGGAGCGCGAUUUACGACGAGCAUCUCUAG